AAAUAAACUGUUCUUCCAAAUUAUCAAAUACAAAAUAUGUUCACAUACAUUCCAAUACAUUCCAGUAACGAGAUUGAAGUAUGAAAAAAAUAAAGAUAAGUAUGACAUAAAUGUAAGAUGACCCAAGCGCAUGUUUGUCUUAUGCAAAUAAUAAUACAACAUAUAGAGGACAUAGAAGUUAAAUACAUCUAAUUGUAUUUAGCUGACUUAACAAGUACUGAUCAUAUUAACGUUAUCGAUAGUCUUAUCCGUCCAAUUUGCUAAAAUGAUGUGCUAUUAUGUCUGGGUACAAGGCGAUGUUAUAUGAAUUAUGAAUUAUGUACUAAAAUUAUUUGUAUAAUAAAAUAAUGUCACAAUUAUAAUGUCACAAUUAUAAAAUAUUGUAAUAACUAACAGGAUGCGUAACCAUAAUCACCAAUUGUUAAUCUUGUUGUUAGCAGAGAGAUUAUUUACAGAUAAAUGUUUAUUUUUGACGUAUAAAAAAUAUUAUAAAAAUUAUGAAUGAUAGAUAUGUGAUAUUGCGUCAACUUACCAAUUAAAGCGCAAAAAAGUUUUCCUUCACAACUGCGUUCGAUCGCAUAUCGAACUUGCACAUGUCGGAUAUUUGCUGUGAUCGUCUCGCGUAUUCCUUUUCAUGGCCUUACAUCUGUAAACAGAAGAGGCCAGACGAUAAACUUCUGUCGUCGACACGUGUAUGACCGUUUCUUUUUGUCACUCGUGCUACCAGCAGAAAAGAGUUUUACGUUUAAUUAUCGUUGCUGAUAACCAAUUUCCAAUACAUUUCAAAUAUCCACGCGCGCGCACAUAUACACACAUACAAUGAUAUAAAUGCACAUUAUAUUAAAUCAUGCAUAUGAAUGUAUUAAUUAAUGACUCGUGCAUCAUUUUUAUGAAAAUUUAUAACGCAACAAUUAUUUAUUAUUAUUUUAGAAACGUUCAUAAAAAAGUGCUUCGCGAUAUACUGAAGACGUUGCAACAAAAAACAUUUCAAUAAACGUCAUCUUUUCUAUCGUUCAUUAUAUAACGUUUACCUAACUGUUUACGACAAUUAAUGGACGACAGCUGACCCGAUCAUUACUUCGUUAAGAGCGCGAUGAGAUGUUUCUUCUCGCGUUCGCAAUAAAAAUCGCGGAUGAAUUUAUCAUGUUGAAGCAUGCGACAUGCUUUUAUCUCGGGAAAGCGUUGUAGAGUCGUGAAUAGAGAUGUAACGAGGCGAGUCGCAUUGCGAAUUAAGUCUCUGAGUUUAAAGCCUGCUCAUCCUGUGAUCUCUUCGGGAACGGUAAAAAUACCGCAGCCGAAUAUAUCGUGCCCGAGCAUGCGGCAGUAUACCCGAAGAGAAAAGUGCAACAUGCCGAUCAGUCGCCGAAUCGAUGAAUAGGAAGUGCAACGAGGCAUGUUGAAGAUUUAUCCGCCAACGGGCGAUAAUCAACGGACUGACGAGGUCUAAAUGUGUUCGAUAGCGAUGCCGGCCGAACUGAUUCUGCACAGCCCCCCGGUGUACAGCUCCUUGCUGUACGGCCCCUUGGUAGUCACGGCGCCCACGAUCACCAGCCGAUCGAUGCCGCCCAGAAUUAGGCCGUGCCUCUCUUCGGGAUCCUUAUCCCUGGAUUCACUGCGAAACAACGAUGGCAAGCAAAAGAAACGGGUGGUGUUCGCUGACGAUCGCGGCCGCCCUCUCACACAGGUUCGCGUGAUGUCGGAACCGAGCAACGUACCACCACUGUGGAGCACGGCUUACGUGGCCGGCUUGACCGGUGGUCUGUUCAACAUGUCGAAGAAUCUGAGUCAGGAAGCAGCGCAGGAUAGCACGCCUCCGUGGCAGGUCACCUUUCCGCAGCCGGCUAGCGAUUACCUCGCUUUUCGGCGUAAGCUCGAUCAGGACAACGUCAGUCUGGAGAACGUGAUCGUGCGCGAGUCCGAGCAGUGCCUGGUGGGCACGGUGAAGGUACGGAAUCUGGCCUACGACAAGGAGGUCGUGGUGAGGGUCACCAGCGACAGUUGGGCGACCCACGAAGACGUGCACUGCACGUACGUGGCGCAACCGGGUUCGCCGGGUCCCCUCAUCCUCUACGACACCUUCCGUUUCCGGCUCACCUUGCCGGUAGCGUCGAAUGUCAUCGAGUUCUGCGUCAGAUAUCGCACCGACGACAAGGAGUCGUGGGACAACAACGAGGGCAAAAACUAUCUGGUUCGCAAAAAGCAGGAGCCCAGAGUGUCAGCCGCGCGAUACGACAACAUCCAGACGAAGAAAUGCGAGGUGCUCACCAAUGGUAACGAGAGGGACGGCAUGCCGCAGGUCGCGGAUGCUACCAGAUUGAACAUGCGUACCUGGAGCGAGUUCGCAUCCUGGCAGCACCUGGCCAACGACGCGCCCUACUGGUGAGGAGGUCGUGGCCCCCCCUCGUCUCAAUAUCAAAGUCAUGUACGAAGCUGUACAAAUUCCUCCAGUUUUUCUCACCUCGGCAACUUCGCCGAGACGUAGAUCACGCGGGACCGCGAGCCGGUGGCAUCUCGCGAGGCACGUGAGUCGCCAGGGACGUGGGAACGAGGAGGAAUAAACGCGAGGACGCGAGGAGAGAAGCUGUGCGACGAUCCGAAUUGAGAACGAGGAAACAAGAACACGCGUGCGGGAGAAAAACAAUCGGGGAGGCUGAUAGCGCGAGCGAUGGUGCCGGACGACUCUGAGCGUCGGAUAACGCAAUCUGCACGAUCCCAGCAUCCGCUCAUCGUACGAUCGGUUCAUCGAGAUUAUCCAGCGUUCACCUCCGCAGCUGUAACGCCAGCAGCCACCAGCAUGAACAUCGUCGUCGCACGUUAUCUUCUCGAACGUCCUCUUCUUCCUCUUCCGCUUCCUCAUUCCUGGGAUUUUCGGCCCGCCUGUUCGGACAGGAGUCCGUCGGGGUUUGAGCUUCCAUUCUCGAGUCGAUCCAUGUCUCGCUGGUCUCGUCAUAUCGGCCAUUGUUAGAGUUCUGUAAGCUUUCUCCAUUUCUUCCUUUGUACACUUCUUCCUCUAUAUCCCUUUCUUUUUUUUUCUUUCUCUCUAUCUUCCAUUUCUUCCUCUCCAGCACUCUUGACACGAUCCUUUCUGCGGAACAUAAACCGUCGACCGAGUGUGUCAAUUAUUUUUUACGAGCAUAACGGAACACUGAAGACUGUAGGUCUCGUCAAGUCUCAGUGCACACUGAAAGAAAAUGUUUUAUGUUCAAGUAAAUAUAUUUAUUUUAACAUCAUUUUCUUGAUUUAAAGAAAUAUUUUUUAAUUAAAAAAAAAUUAAUUUAUACUGACUAAUAUUAAUUUAAGUCAAGGAAAUAUGAUAUUAAAAUAAUAAGUAUAUUUACUCAAACAUACAAAUCUUUUUUUUCGGUGUAAAUAACAGUUUCAAGAUUACUGUAAUAAAAUUACAUUACGAUGUGCCUUAGGGUGCCUUAAGGAAUUAUAGAGAUUUGUCUUAUGGCACGUGUAGCACAUUUCAUCGCUCAGGCAAUGCAAACACGUGAAAACGUACGUGAUUUUUGCAAACGUCCGUUUAUAUGUUCUUUAAAUCUAUUACUAUAUGUUAUUUGGGCAAUGGUAUCAUCGUUAUCGAAUCGAUGAAAAGUUAUGUCGUGAACUAACAACUGAGCAUUUGUAGUAGAAGGCGAAUACCGCUCGCAAUCGAUGUUAUCAGCGGAAAACGCUCAAAUAAUAAAUCGUUAAUGGCAGGUUUAUUUUCUAACCGGUGCUAUAUGCCAUUUCCUUUAUAGUUCCUCCUUCGAUCGUUUCGCGAUUAGAGGAUAAAAUAGCUUCGCAUGGUAAACACAAAAUUUCGCGCAGUCAUGAGAAUAUCCAAAUCGAGCGGAUAAACGAUACUAGAUAUGUGUCUUGUGAAAUGUUGAACUAUUAUAAUGUAAAGCGCAACUGUAUAUGCACUUUAACUAUCUUUGGCUUUCACCACUCGCAAAGAUUUUUUUAACGAAGAUUUAUGUCUUAUAUGUACAUGUAUACUGAAGUAGGCGUAUACGCGAUACUCGUAUGUACACAUGCGUUUCGCGGAUCAUCUGUUUGCUUGCAGCGGCGCGCUUAAACAAGUGGGCUUAAAAAUAAAUAGAGCAAACGAAUGAGCCGCGAUAAAGAGCGGCGAGCGACUCGAUUUACAAACAGACACCGUAGCACACGUAAUAAUCGGUCAUUAAUUCGUGAAUACCAAAAAGAGAAGUUCUAUGAGAAAUGUGUGUAUGAGUCUCGAAUUAGCAUAUGCUCGAUAUUUUUCUCUGAGACGUGAAUCUGAAGAAGACUUGUGUAUACUGUUUCGAUUGUUGAAACGUUCAUCAGCCUCGUUCAGAUAUUGUCGAGUCGAUGGUCAACGUGCUCACUGGGAACAUUCGAACGUUACUUUCGCGAAAACUCGGAACGGAGGAGCGGAGCAUUUAAUGCUGUGAACGCACGCACUGAACCUUCAGACGUGAUACUUUGUGGCACCAGGCAUCUCUUACCGAUCGUUUCUUAUCUUGCAUCUAGCAAGCUUCCUUAUGUGUAGAGUAUCGAGGUUUCUUUGAAGUCACUUCUGACACUCUUCCCUAGCACGCUCAAAGCGCUGCCAGUUGGGUGCCUGUGCUCCUUCAAAAGUCUCUCGUUUGAAAUUAAAUGCAUGUCUCUCUAGUUAGUGUGUGGCUGACGCGCAUGAAAAUACAAUGCCACCCGCGUUGUUGAACGAAAGCAACGUUCGAAUGCUCAGCGAUCUGAGUUAUGCUUUCGCGGUGAAUAAGAGAGUGCUUUGAGUUUGCAGAAUUGCUGGAAGAAACGUCGGCAUACGGCUACGAGAGACAGCAGAGAUUUUACCCGAUGAUUUGCAGGCGCCGAUCUACGCGUUCUGUAAAUUGGAUCCUGCUAGCAAUAUCUUAAAAGGAACAGCUUUCUCUGCUCUUCGGAAUUUUUCAAAGUUCUCUUCUUCAAAGUGGAUAAAGAUUGAUACUCCACUAUCGCGUUACGCUUUCUCAGCGAGUCUUUUAACGUCAAAUCUUCUGAUGAACGAACACCUCCGUUACUUCUCUUAUGCGUUAUCUUUCCUUUUCUUCUCUUUGAUUCUUCCUUCGCUCUUCCUAUUUUCUUCGCUUCUUUCAUCUCUUCGCGCUUCGAUGCGGAGUAUUAAAAGAAGCUUUGCAAACAGAUGUACCGGAAAUACGUGGGAUGAUUGGUAGUUUGUCGCAAAGAAGCCAGUUUGUGCACCGGUACUGCCGCUACAAAUCGAGUUCGCGUCCGUCGAUCGCUGAUGAGUAAAACGAGACUUCGCGCUCGCGCGUGUACAUACUUAUACACGUAAUUUCCUUUCGAGAGCCGUAAGACUGAUAACUUAAAUCAUACAUAAUGUAAAUAAUAUGCGCACUCAUUACGGUUUUUAAUUACGUCUCGAUGGAAGUUUUAAGCAUCUCUUAUCUUACUAGACGAUUACCGAGAUAUUUCUUCUAAUAAGCAGAUCGCAUCUCUGUAGAUUUUUUUAUCGCGUUGUGAGUCCUCGUUCUCUGUUCCGUAUUCUUACUUGCCACUUGUAAUAUUUAUUAAUAGUUUUUAUGUAUCUCCCAAUAUAUAUAUACUGGACAUACUAUAACACCUGUUAAAGUUAUAGUUGUGUCGUUUUUAUCUCCUUUUAUCCGAAUUGUGUGGGGUUGAAUAUCAUUCUAUUUUUACAGAGCGUAUUAUUCAUUAGAUAUUGUAUACAUUUUAUCAUUGUUGGUUAUUAUUAAUUAGAAUAUAUCCCCUGUGUAAAUAAAUAAGUUGCAGAUGUUCCUUAAACUGGAUCGUACGUACUAUAUAUUGAUUUGGGUACCGUGUAUUGUAAAUACCGAUGAACAACUAUUAUCUCUUUUGUAAUAAAAGUUACAGUAAUGAUUA